CACUGGGACUGAGACUGAGAGUGUGAGUGAGUGGCUGAGUGAGUGAGGCCACUGGGGUGCUAACCAUGGGGUGCUACGACUACGUGUCGAGGUUACAGGACCAGGUGGAGGGCCACUCCACGGUCAUCGGCAGGGUAUGGAUGAACUCCCUGUUCGUCUUCAGGGUGCUGGUGCUGGGCGCGGCCGCCUCGCUGGUGUGGUGGGACGAGCACGCCCUCUUCGUCUGCAACACCCAGCAGCCCGGCUGCGCCAACACUUGCUACGACGCGGCCUUCCCCAUCUCGCUCAUCCGCUUCUGGGUGGUGCAGGUGCUCUGCGUCUCGUUUCCGACCCUGGUGCACGUGGUGUACGCCGUGUACGCCGCGCACCAGGACGACAAGCCCGAGAGAACCAAGAGGAACCCGCCACAGGUGGACAAAGACAGCAUAGAGAUGGUGGAGUCGGGCAACAAGGCGGACCGUGCGGAAGCAGCACCAGUGAGUAGUAGGAGAGCCCCCUCGUUCCAACAUUACCUCACCCGCAUGUGCUUCAAGAUCAUCCUCGAGAUGGCCUUCAUCGUUUGCCAGUAUGUGUUUGUGGGUUUCGUGAUGGAUCCGGAGAUCAAGUGCCCCUGCCCGAGUUCGGGAGAGUGCAUCGUGCCUCGCUCCACCGAGAAGACCAUCUUCAGCAUCUUCAUGGCCGCGUUGGCCUGCGUGUCUUUGCUGCUGAACGUGGCUGAGAUGACCUACUCCCUCUGCUCCAGAAGACAGCGGCGCCGUCAAGAGACCAUCUCCACUCCAGCACCAGCAGCAGCAGCACCAGCACCAGAAGCGGAGCCAGCGACAGCACCUCCAACAAGCUCCACAGCUCCAGAGAGCUGAACUUGCUGCAGACAAUCCGAGAGGGAAAGAAAAACCAACUGGUAACAUGGCCGUAAUGAGAAAUUUUCAAAUACCAAGGUCAAAUAAUGUGUGCUGUACUGCAUGCUGUACAUUUAGAAUGCUUCUAACUCAAGCACUGACAGGGGCCCUUGAGGGGGCCCAAAAUUUGAAUCUUUCAUGGGGUCCAAAAAUUCUGGCGGCACCCCUGUUGAUCAUAGAUUGAUUUUCAUUGUAGAUAAAUUUUACACUUCUUAAAAAAAAAAUACAGAGGACAUGACCUCUGUCUCCUCAAUGGCAGUUACGGCCAUGACUGGUAAAUGUUGCUGUGGUGUUAAAUCAACACUAUUCUGUGCAUAUAUGAUCCCACUCGAUUUCGGUGGUAAAUUUCAAUUCUUUGAGUGUUGCAUUCUCACUGGGAAUCUAUUUGUGCUCUAAAAUUGUUUUAAAUACAACUCUUCAAGUGUUAAUUCAACACUGAAAGAGUUUAAUUCAACACAAAAUCAAAUAGGACCAUACAUAACUCUAUGAAUUGUAUUGUGCAGCUACAGGACAUAGAAAAAUAUAGCCUACAACCUGUAGUUAAAUGGACUUUCUAACCGCCUGUGAGCCUGUGUUUUUUUGUUUUUGUUUUUUUUACUAU